CAAUGUUGCAAACAAGCCCCUCUCUCCAUAUCUUCCACUGCGAUACCAAACAGUAAAGCCCUCAAAAACCUAACCUCACUUUGUGAAAUUCACCUUCUCUUGACCAAAAUUACAGUUUUAAUCAAUGAAGAAGAGACCCCGAGAGCCCAAACCCUUAGUCUCCACUCUCGCCUCCUGCACUGGCCCUUCCUUAAUCAAACACUUAGCUUCUUGCAAUAAUACCGUCAGAUCCCAAUCCCUGAAACUCCUUCAACCGUGGUUGACUUCCCAAAAGCAAGAAAUCCCUGAAGAGGAUAUUAAGAAGCUUUGGAAAGGGCUUUUUUACUGUUUCUGGCACACCGACAAAGCUCCGAAUCAGUUAGCUCUUGUUAAUAGACUAACAUCCCUGUUUUUGAUCCUUGAAUUUCCGGUUUCGUUUCAGUAUUUUAGUAAAUUUGUUUUAACUCUUCGGCGGGAGUGGCCUGGGAUUGAUCGUUUGAGGUUGGACAAAUUUUACUUGCUUAUACGUAGGUUUAUGAGGACUUUGUUUGAAUUGAUGAAACUUAAGCAAUGGAAUUUGGAAUUGCUGGGGAAGUUUAUGAGUGUUCUGGAGAAUUAUGGGUUUAUGGCAGACGAUAAGUUGCGGGGGAAUGGAGUGAAUUAUCAUAUUGUAUCGGUAUUCUUGGAGGAGUUGAAGGAGGUGAGGUUUCCGGUGAGCAAGGAGGUGGUUGAUGUGAUCUUUGGGCCCUUUUUUGUGGUUUUGAUGAAGAGUAAAGACAGGAUUUUGGUGGGGAAAGUGACAAGUUGUGUGUUUGAUGAGUUGCUGAAGAUGGGCAGGGAAUUUUUGGUGAAGAAAAAAACAGGAGUGCACUGUGACGAGAAAGGUGGGGAUGUGUUGUUAGCUGUGGUUGCCUUAAAGAUGGGUUUUUCGGGGAGGUUUUAUGAGGUUGGUUCGUCAGUGGAGUGUUUACAGGGGAAUCGGAACGUUGUUUUGGGGUUAAAUGAGGAGUUUUUGAAGUUGGAG